UCAACAUGGCGGCGGUGGAUGUCAUUGUGGACAACUUGUUGGCACUAAGGAGAAUACCGGCUGUCCGACAACACUUCCACUGGAUAUUUUUAAUCAUUUCAGUCGUGGGGUCGGUUCUGAAGGAGCAGGACCUGGUUCCGGAGACGUAUUUCAGCAGCAGCAGAAACGUCCUGAAUGUGUACUUGGUCAAAGUUUCCUGGAUGUGGACAUUGCUGCUGCUGACGCCCUUCCUCCUCCUCUCAAAUUCCUCCCUCAGCAAGAGCGUGUCCUACCGGCGGCUGCUGUCUCUGGUGGUGGCAUCAGCCGUCUGGUACAUCUGCACAGAGAUGUUCUUCUAUAUUGAGAACUUGACCGGCUCCUGUUAUGAAAGUAGCACCAUGGAUGUUAUCAACACGGAGUUCACAUCCAAAGCCACCUGCAGGCAUGCCGGUUUCCACUGGAAUGGCUAUGACAUCUCAGGACACUCCUUCAUCCUGGCCUACUCUGCUCUUUUAAUCGUGGAGGAAACGGCUCCGAUGGCCUCCCUGAAGACAGCUAGUCUGUCUGCACUGCCCAGGAUGGUUCUCAACCUGCUGUACGUGGCCUUGAAUCUGAUUGUGAUCAUAUGGGUGUGGAUGUUUGCCUGCACCUCUGUUUACUUCCAUGACAAAUCUCAAAAGUUCCUAGGGACCAUAUGCGGCCUGUUGGGGUGGUAUCUGACAUAUCGGGUUUGGUAUCCAAAACCUUGGUCACCAGGACUCCCCCCUCAGCGUCACCCAAAAGAACAGAAACAACAUGCCUAAGCUGCAGUCAUACUUUCCUGUAUGAUAUUGUUGCUAAUAUUGCAGCCAUCCUCAAAUCAACGCACUGCAGUUGAUGUUAUCUGUCUCCAGGUCCAAGCUGGCCACGCUAUUUUAAGUUAUUCCCUCCUCACAGAAAGGUCGGGCUUGCAGUUUCUCCGCAGUGUUUGGCAGCUGAUGUUCCCAAAAUGACUCUUGGUAAUCUGAGACAAAAGCAAGACGCUGCUCUUCUGUUCAACCUUUAGCCUCUUUCCAACAGCCCCUGUGGCUCGCAUGCUAGACAAUAGUUUGUCUGCCAGUUUGUUGCCUUAUAAUGCAAUCCGUUUUUAGAAAUCUGAGUGGGAACACUAGAGAUUGUUUACAGCUCCAGUUGUAUAGCACUGAUGACAUGUAUUUUUACAGACCAAUGUACAGUAGAUGUUCAUUGUUUUUUUUUUGGAAACUAACUACAGAACAAAGUUAGACUUCAGUGUACAAGGUACAUUUCAUCCUACACAUAGGAUUUUAAUGACCCGUCACAUCUGGUUGUCAUGUAAAGUUUGCUGGGAACAUGUAGUACUUGAAUAGUGGAUAUUAAGGUCAUUUUAAUGCCCCAUCAUGACUACACUAGUUGUUGGAUAGCCCUGUGAGUGCCCAUUAUCAUUAUUAAAAUCCUUUAAAGGAUGAGGCUGGAAAUAUUCAGUAUUUUACUUACGGCUGCAUCUGGAUUAAUCAUUUGGUCUAUAAAACCAAACCUCUUGAUUGGAUAGUCAAUUUAAUAUCAGGUAAGAAAAAAGAAAAUUUAAAGUCUGGAACCAGAGAAUGUCUGUUUGAUUUUUGUCCUUGGAUAAACACGCUUAAGCAAUUAAUCGCUGAUUAAAGUAGUUUAAGCUCUACUUUUUCUCAUUGUCAACAACUCCAUGAGUCCACCAAAGCUAUAUUUAUCUCAAUAGCUAAUUAAGUAUUGCCAAGCUAAUUCCUCUGUGCCAUAGAUCCAUGAAAUCUAAUAAGAACACAGAAAUGAUGAUCCUGGGUGCUGUCACCACCAUCUCACCACCGCCAUAAAAACCCACUAGAACACCAAAUGUGUAUUAAUCCAUGUCUGUUUGAUUAAUGUUUGUUAAAAACUACAAAGUCCAGUUGUUUCAGGAAAUAAUUUACUUUUUAAAGACUAAAGCUAAUAUCCAAGACUUGUCUUUAGUUUGAAGCAGUGGGCUUGAGAUUGAAAGCUACAGAUAGGGAAGGGAAGUUGUACAGUAUUGAGAGACAGACUAACACAUUGUUUGUUUUGGUGUUUUCAUGGGGUUUGUUGACUGUAAGGAUCAUGUAGAAUAACACCAGCCCUAUCCUGUAAUGGGGGAUUUUAGGAAACUUUGGUAUGAGUAAAUAAUAGCAGUAUUUUUAACAAUAUUAAUAACAGUGUGACAAGAAUCAAAUAACAGUUUUGUAGUGAUGAUGUGCAUUUUCAUGGCAUGACAAAUACACAGUUAUAAGCUCUGUAGUUUAAGCACCACAGUGGGUUUUGGCAGAAUAAAAACCAGGACCUGUAUAUUUAAUUUUCAUUAUUUAUUUGUUAUUGAUGGCAACUGAAUAAAUUAAGGCUUAUGAACAAACA